CUGAACGGGCGACCUGCGGACCAGAUGAAGAAGAAGGGUGUUAGCAUUGUUGCAUUGUGGGAAAGAGCUUCCAAGGCAAAUAAAAGAAUUUCGACAUCUACACCAAAUCCUCUUGAUGUUGAAGUUGAGAGCAGUAUCGUUCCUCCUACUAUUGAGAGCAAUCUGCAACUGGCACUUGUGCAAGCACAUGAACCUGAUGAUGGACACACAGAACCUGAGAGUGCAGCUGGCUCCCCAACCCCAAUUGUAGAAGAUGAUGAAGCAAAUGAUGAAGUUCAGUUUGAAGUAGAUUUGGAAGCACUUGAGUCUGAUCCUGGGAAACGGAUCCCCAUCUCUAGGUACAAUGUCAAUGACCAGGAUAAAGUUAGAAGGAGAUACAUCGAGUUGGGGGCAUGUCAACCAAAGAAACAUAAUUUUGAGUAUAGAGAUAUAAGUGGAUUACAGCGUCGCUUUUCUCCUUCUUGGUUUAAGGAUUACAAGUGGCUUGAGUAUAGUGUGGACAAACAAGCCGCUUUCUGCUUCGUUUGCUAUUUGUUCAAGGAUAAAACAAGAUGUCCCGGUGGAGAUGCUUUUGUGAAGAAGGGAUUUAAUAACUGGAACAUGAAGUCGAGAUUGAAGAAACAUGAAGGUGAGGUUUGUAGUGCUCAUGCUGAAGCUCAAGAGAAGUAUGAUAGGUUCAGUACACCACAAACAUCAAUUCGGGAGUCUAUUGCUUCAAACACCUCACAAUACAAGGCUUUGUAUAAACAGCGUUUGACAUGGACACUCAAGUGUGUGAGAUUUCUGUUGUGCCAAGGCUUGGCAUUUAGAGGACAUGAUGAAAGUGAAGACUCACUAAAUAAAGGGAAUUUCCUUGAGCUUCUAAAUUGGCUAGCAUGAAAUUUUGAAGAGGUUGACAGGGUUGUUCUCAAGAAUGCUCCACAGAACUGCAGGAUGACUCACCAUGAUAUACAGCAAGAGGUGAUAAAAUGUUGUGCACAAGAGACUACUAAACUAGUCAUUGAGGAACUUGAUGGUGAUCAUUUUGCAAUACUUGC